AUGGCGGCGGCCGCCGCGAAAGCCCGCAGAGACAGCGGCGGAGCAGCGCCGCGCGGUCAGUGGGCGCCCGCGGCCCCGGCGCCGAGGCGGCGUCAGGCCCCGCCCCUCUACGCGCGGGCGGGGGGGCGGGCGCCCCGGCGGCCAAUCAGCGCGCCCCGCCCGCCCGCGCCGGCCUCGGGAGCGCCGCGGCUGGAGGGCGGCCUCGCGGGAGGACCGACGCCGGGCCCCCGGGUCCGCCGCGCCCUUUGCCCGCCUCCCUUUCGUCGCCCCGGUCUCCUGACCUCGAGGCCCAGGCCUGCAGGGCCGUGGGCAGAAACUCGUGAGAAGGGGGCUGCGCGUUGUGCUCAGACUCAGCCUUGCCUCCGUUGCCUCCCUGACUUCUGGUCAAACCUGAGGACAGGAGCCCCCCGACAGGAGACACGGGCACAAGUUUGAUCCCUGGAUCAGGAAGAUCCCCUGGAGGAGAGCACAGC